AUGCGUUUUCUCUAUGGCAACGAUAGAGUGGUUAAAAGCAAUCAAGGAAGCAAAAAAGACAACUUUGGUCCAAGAUGUACUUGUUUCAUGUAUCCUGUGUUUUAUUCAGCAUUCAAUUCUUUAUUAAUUUUUCUAAUGAAUAAUGAUUUUCACGUGAAUCAUCUUAAAGCUAUUCCUAUUUUGUACUUAGGUCGAACGAAAGUCCAUUACAAUUUUCCCGAUGGCAAAGAAAUGACUGAACAGUAUGAUAAUAACUCUGGAAUAAUUAUUGAACGUAAAUGGAAGCGGGUUCCAAUGGUAGGUGGCGAAGGUAUUUGGACUUAUGAAAUCGGGCAAGAACCCGAAAAACCUGGUUCGGUUAUCAGAGAAUCUGCCGCCAAUCCUAUAUUCUGUCGCGCGGAUACUAAGCAGUCUUUUCAGUGGCGGAUUCGCAAUCUCCCUUAUCCCAUUGACACUUAUCAGCUAUCAAUCGAAGACGACUCUGUCAUUGUGCUUCGUACGACAAAUAAGAAGUAA